CAUUACUUCAUUCAUUAGUUAUUUAGAUUGGACCGAGAAGUACAAUCAUCAUUGUUCUGUUUUUUCAUUACAUUAAUGAAGUGAUUCUUUCCCUAUUGUCAUUGGCAACCAAAGUAUGGCUUUGCCGUUACCCAUACCUCCGUGUGCUAAAAGGGAUGGUCUUAGUGGCUUAAGUUGUGAACAUUUCGAUUAUGCUAGUACUAUGGCUACAACUUUGCUGGCGCCAGUUAAGACUGAAAGACAAAUUCUUGAGCAUUCUAUGUCUGAAGAUGACCCUAAUGCUAAUACGCAGUUACCAAGUUUGGUAGAUAGACAGCCUCGCUGGGGUCCCCGGCACCGUGGAGCUCAAGAACUAGCUGAACUUUAUAGUCCAGGCAAAAGACUACAAGAAUGGGUCUGUGUGGUGGUUUGUUGCACGUUGUGUGUCUGUGCUGGUGUUCUCAUGGCCAGACAUAUACAAGCGGAUGCCUCAUUAUUAUUAGCAGCAAUUUCUGGUGUUCUAACAGCAGAUUUUGCUUCAGGCGUAGUGCAUUGGGCUGCUGACACUUGGGGAGCAGUUGAUCUACCUGUUAUAGGCAAAAAUUUCUUACGCCCAUUUCGUGAACAUCACAUCGAUCCUACAUCAAUAACUCGUCAUGAUUUUAUCGAGACCAACGGUGAUAAUUUUGCUAUUACUAUACCGGUCUUGGCAAGAAUUGUAUGGCAACUUCUCACGUACGACGAUGAAAAUAUUAAUGCCCAAUUUCACUGGAUUGCAUAUUGGUACUUAUGCUGUAUCUUUGUUGCAAUGACCAAUCAGAUACAUAAAUGGUCUCAUACAUAUUUUGGACUACCAAUGUGGGUAGUUUGGUUACAAGAAUGGCACAUAGUAUUGCCACGUCGUCAUCAUCGCAUACAUCACGUAGCGCCGCACGAGACUUACUUUUGCAUCACAACGGGCUGGCUUAAUUGGCCUUUAGAAAUGCUUCAUUUCUGGUCUACACUAGAGACUAUAAUCGAAGCAGUCACUGGUUGUAAACCCCGAGCUGACGAUAUGAAAUGGGCACAGAAAAGGUCCUAGAAUAAUAAUGAUUAUAUUAUCAACCUAUUCAUGAGAGGUAUAAUUUUUUUAUACACGUAAAACACUCGUCCACAUCUACUGAAUCAAUUAAUAUUAAUAGGUUUAAUAUUUUGCUAAGAUAAAAGCGAUUACAUAUUAAUAUAUAAUAAUAAUAAAGUGCUUAUUUUUAAGAUUGCUAGUAUGUAUGAUAGUAGAAUGUCGAAUCUGUCUUUAAAGCCAAGAGCAAUAAAAUGGACAUAUCUCAAUGAUGAGUUAGUCCAUUUGGUGUUAUUACGGCCUGAGUGUAACUUUGACAACGCAGUGCCUUAUUAUUACAAUCCGUUCGUAAACAUAAAGUCAGACCAGUAGGAAUUGAAUUCGCGGUCGCGGAGGAUACAGGUACAGAAUCUGUUACAAAAUAAACUCUAGAUAUUACUUACACAUCAUUUGGUCAUAGCUCUAACAAUAGAUAGUACCUAUUAAAUAAGCCAGCAGUAUCGACAGUUUUAAUAUGUUUAAGAAAUAUAUGUUUUAUUCGUAGAUACUAACCAAAAUUCAUAUUAUUAGAAACAAAUAAUUGUCAUUGGAAAUGACCUAUGUUUGUCUCUGGCUCUUGCAGUCUUAUAGCGUAAUAAAAACUACAUAGUACGAAUUGUGCCAAUGUCAUGUAAAUUACUUCACUACUGGCCUGCUAGUAGAGUGAUGUAACUAAACAUUAAUUGUAAAUUGUACAAAAUAAAUGCAUCUACGUAGGCACUAAGUGAAGAUAAUUUUUAUUAUGACAUGGUUAGAGCUAUGAUCAGUUUUUUGUGACGCCAAAAUAACAAUCCUUUUUGUAAUAAAUAUCUAAUUGUGGCCUGGUUUACUAAAUGUAAUAACUAGUAUUUGAUUUUAACACAUAGUUAGUACUAGUUUACAGUAAAUCUGUUGCCGAAAUUAUGUUAGCUGUUGUUGACUACCUACUUAUGUUAUAGCAUAUUUGUACUAAAUCUACUAGUAGUUUUUAACAGCUCUAGCUUUAAGUUUCAUCUAUCUACGCAUGUACUUGGCAAAUACACGUUAUGUAUAAUUAUCUAUUUGCACAUAAUAUGUAUUAGUAUUAUUAAUAAUAUAUAUAUGUAUAUAUUAAUCGUUAAGUUUUAAAUAACUUUCGUUCAUACAUCUUCUCUUAUGUGUAGACUUAGGAAAAUGCCGUAUCGACGACCAGCAGUAGUCAGAAACCAUAAUUCUAUUCCAGAAACCCUAAUAGUGUUCUUUUAUUACAAAGAAAACCUCUAUCUUUGAGGGAUAUGGAGCUUGAUUGAAGCUUGUAGUGCGUUCCAUAAUAUUUUAAUUUUAAAUUAGGAUCUUGUUGAUUGUUAAACUGUCUAUAGUCAAUAGAUUCAUCACAGAUGUAGCAAAAAUGAUUUGAAAUGUUUAAACUACGUAUCCUUGACCACAGCAAACACAGUAAAGUACCUAUUUCAUGAAGCACUAAAAAUAUUCAAGAUCAUAGCAAAAAAAACUUGAGCUGCGCAAAAAUAUUUGAAGGUACAUUUACAAUGAACUAAACAAGUAAAUGAUACCAAACUGUAACAUGAAUCCACGGCAACUGACUAAAAGAUAGAUUUCGUAAACUAGUAGUUCAACAGAUAGUUCCAUUAGGUACCUAGGUACCUAACCAUCGAGGCCAUCACAGACCAAGCUAUAAUAUAAGUAUAUUAAUAUAUGUAUAGCAGGGUAUAUUAUUAUCACAUAUUUUCAAUACAAAGUUUUGAGUGACCACACACACCUAGCUAUAAUAGCCGUGAAAUCUACCUAUUUCGUUUUCGUCCCGAAAUAAAAUGUAAUUUAAUGUGUGAAAUAAAAUUUUUAAAACAAAUAACUGGUGCAAAAAGCGAACUUCGAAAGCGCAUACGAACUCAUAGUAUAUUAUCAAAACGUCACGCCAUAAUUCCUCGAAGUGAUAUUUCUCGUCGGGUGGCACGUACGAUGCGAAUAGUGUCUACAAAUUGACGUCUAGUGUUUCACGUGCGUAUUCACAUGAUUUUUUUUAAACUAAAACAAAUAUUAUAUAUAAGUAUAUACUUAUUGAUUUUAUUGUUUUCACUUUAUACAUCGAGAGCAGUCCUUAUGGCAAGUUGUUUUGCCGCGGGGAAAAAUGUAAUCAACAAUGCAUAUUAGUGUAACUAUUUACGCCAUAUUCAAACGUGGACUAAAUGGCUUUUGUUUGUUUUGGAUACAUUUAUUAUUGUUCAGAGUUGUUAUGCGUUAUCAUAACAAUAAAUAAAGUAAACAAAUGAACAUACUCAAAUAAAAUCCGAAAUAUUUCCAUUUCAUAUUCGGUUCAUUAUGAACCAAACUCUAUGUUCGUGUAACAAUGUUUCACCUCCAAGACUUGGGUAUACUGGGAGUUUAAUAAAAUUAUAUAAAGUCGGUUAAAAUAGACACAAUGUCCUAUAAUUUAGUUGUGUCAAGACGGGUUUUUGACGCCAGAGCACCGCGGUGUGAAGUUGAGUAAAAUGGAUGUAUUUGUAAAUAACAUUUUUUGGAGGGGUGAGAGGUAUCUAUCUCCUGUUUAUUUUUAUUCAAUUGGCUUGAUUAGACCGACAUCAUUUCAGAUGAAUGCCAAAAGAAAAGUCACAAUUGUUAAACGAAUAUUUUAAAUAUACAUUUUUUUUUCGAAAUCGUGAAGACAGUCACUUCACUGACAAGGAGCAAGUAUUAGCAUUUGCAAAGUGUCCGAUAUUAAACGACAAAUCAAUAAGUAGUAUCAUUACAAUAAUGUGAGUUUAUGGCACCGACUUCUAACCUCAGUGGGUGGGUAACCUAUCAGUACUAAUGAUAGUUAUUUUUUCUUUUUAGUUU